AUGUUUACCAACCGAAGAGUACCCGGACCUCACAGACUCCCGAAACUCUUCAACACAGAACUAAAACUUAAGGAUGCAGUCAAAUAUUUGGGUGUAAUUCUAGACAGCAAACUGCUCUGGAAUAAGCACCUUGACUACAAACUAAACAAAUCCACUAUUGCCUUUUAUCAAUGUAAAAAGAUGCUAGGCAACAAAUGGGGCCUUUCGCCGAAAAUAACGAUGUGGUUAUACACUGCCGUAAUAAGACCAAUGCUAACCUAUGGGGCUCUGGUUUGGUGGACUAGAACGGAACUCCGGACUACAAUCACCAAACUAGCACGCUUUCAAAGGCUGGCACUGUCUGCUACCAGUGGAUCCAUGAAAACAACCCCCACAGCAGCAAUAGAGGUUGCGCUUCAGACAACACCCCUGGACCUAUUCAUACAGCAAGAAGCGACUAUGGCUGCUAUAAGACUGAUGCAUUUAGGUCUAUGGGGUAAAAACCACCAUAGUCCACACACAUCCAUACUGGAUAGGGCAAUAGGACACGAACCACUUAUUGCUGCCCCGUGUGACAGAACACACAAUAAAUAUAUAUUUAACAAAAGAUAUAAAAUAACUAUGAGAGAAGAGGAACAAGACCACUCACCUGCCAAUGAGCUACGGAUUUAUACUGAUGGCUCAAAGACACGUGAAGGCUCAGGAGCCGGUGUAUUUUCCCUUGAUCUCAACAUCAAAAUACAAAUACCAUUAGGCAUACACAGCUCGAUUUUCCAAUGCGAAUGUUGCAGCAGUUCUGCAGGCGCUAAA